AUGAAAGCAGAGAGUGAAGACCGGAGGGGUGACAAGGAACGGGAGGUCAUCCUGCUGGGUAUCCUCAACAUAGAAAAUGUGUACGGCAAGGAUUGGAUUAAAAAAAAAAAAGAAGUGAAGAAGGACCUGGAAAACAAGUCGGUAAAGUUAAACCAGGCCUUUAAAAAUCCCACGAUCUUUCACGAGCGCUUUGAGUUCCUCAAUGUAGACGAAUACAGUUGCGUAAAGAACAACUACAUUUACAGCGCCAUCGUUAUUUUUAACCCCAACUUGGGUGGGAAUUCCUCGGGGGAGAAUAUCGGGGAGGAUGCACCCGUUGGGCAGACAAAAGUGAAGAACACAUGUGUGGUCAACGGUGGGAAGAACGUCAUGCACACCGCACGGGGGGGGGCGUCAUCAAUCCGUGGUGGAACCACCUCUCACCCGGGUGAACCCCCCGUGAACAGGCCCUCCCAAAAAAAGGAAGGAGUGGGCGUCCUAGUCGUUACGUGCAAAAAAACGGACAGCGAAAAAAUGAAGCAUAUUUUAAUAAAGAUGUUGAAGCAGGAAAUAAAAGUCGAAUGCACCGCACUGAAGUGCAAAGACAGCUACCUGUCCAGCCUCUCCCACGUUCGUCGUGAGGACAGAGAAGUCAAGGGGAAGCACACUGAAAUUAGGCACUUGGACCGACAAGCAGCCUCCCCCGAUGUAACUCAGUCACGUCUACAGUCUACAGUUCCCCUUGCAGCGCCGUCCAGUGUUCCCCCCCCGUUGGACGUGGAGAACAAGCCCUUCAACGUGUCUCGGAAUAAUUUCUUUAACAUGACUGCCUACAUAUAUGGAUCAUCCAACCUGUUAGCGAACACCAGCUUAAUUCUACGCGAAUACGGGGACGAUGAAUGGGCAGAGCGUCUCCGGCGGACGAAAAAGGGGAAGGAGCAGACACGCGGGGGGCCUCCCCCAGGUGCCCAGGAUACAUCACCGACGAGAGAAAGCGGUCUCAUCAAGACCUUCACGUCGUUGUUUAAGAAGUGA